UGAUUUGAAAGUCCUUAAAUGUAUAAUGGCUAAUUUGCCUAUCCAGGCAAAAACCCCCCAAAAGAAUAGCGUAGCCCGAGAAUAUCGUUGGCAGCCUCAAGAAAACUUGGAGAAACAAGAUAACAAGGAGAUUCCUCAAGCUAAUACAGUUAAAGCUGCCGCCACGAUUGGAUUUCUUUCGCAUUUUUUCCGGGAAUUUUUUAGAGCACUGAAAAAUCUCGAGACUAUUGCAGCACAGGGCAAUGCAAUCAUUAAGUUCCAAGGCUCUCAUGGAUUUGCGUUUGCCGGGUCGCAGGGGAGCUGAUUUCUUCGGUACCGAGACCCGAGUAAAGAGGAAUUGGGUCAAUUGCAGGAACCUGAAGGGAACGAAUGGAAUCGUAGCUUGCACUGCAGAGAGGAAUGAGAAUGGGAGAGGGGAGAGUCGUAGUACGAGUCAAAGUGCGAGUCCGAGCUCGUUUUUGUCUCGAAGCCACACCUAUGCCCUCUUAAAACAGCAAAUGGAGCGCGCUGCGAAAUCCGAGGACUACAAGGAAGCAGCGAGGAUUCGUGACUCGAUUAAAUCAUUUGAAGAGGAGGAGCCAGUUUUGCGUUUGCGGAGAUUAAUGAAAAAAGCAAUUGCUGACGAGAGGUUCACGGACGCGGCAAAAUAUCGCGAUGAGCUUAGAGAAAUUGGUCCACACGGUCUCUUGAAAUGUUCCAGUAAUGCAACAACCUUGGGAAUCAGGGUUCAAGUUAGAAGUGUAUAUAUAGAGGGCAGAAGUCAGCCUUCAAAGGGACUCUACUUUUUUGCAUACAGAAUCAGAAUUACGAACAAUUCUGACCGCCCUGUUCAACUUCUUAGAAGGCAUUGGAUUAUAACUGAUGCAAAUGGGAAGACAGAAAAUGUCUGGGGAAUGGGAGUUGUUGGUGAGCAGCCUGUAAUGCUUCCUAGGACUAGUUUUGAGUACUCUUCAGCAUGUCCCAUAAGCACACCGAAUGGUAGAAUGGAAGGUGACUUUGAGAUGAUACACGUUGAUAGAAUAGGCUCAUCAUCAUUUAACGUGGCUGUUGCUCCCUUCUCGCUCUCUCUGCUUGGAGAUGAUGAUGGUCAUUAUAUUUGAGAUAGAAGUGCAGCAUCAUCCUCGCAGAUGUGCCAGAUUGGCAUACAGAACAUUUAAAUACGCAAUUUUCUUUUUUAAGUGAAAAAUAUCUGGUACUUAGGAAUAAGUGCUUAGCAAAUGUUUGUACAUAACGUGUAUAUCACAGGCAGUUCAAAUACUACUGUGUUUGGAA